UAUUAUCAGCGAUUAUAAGUAGGUGUUAUUUUUUGUUCAUAUAAAAUAAAAGAAACAAUUAUCAAAAUUCAGUUUAACCUAAUAACCAUGACUCUUAUUUAACUCAUCUUAUCAAAAUUAUAAUGAUGUGGAAAAUUGCAGUAUUUCUGAAACAUAUUAGUAUCGUUAUUUUCUUGUGUUUCGUUUUACCAAAAAUUAAGUGUACCGAUAUAAAAUGUGACGAUUUAGAAGGAAAACAACUUUUGAUAAUAAACGAUGAAGACAUAUAUGAUAAGAUUAAGUAUGGAACUUUAAACGCUAAAUGCAACAGCACAAACUCGUGUAAUAAUGGUGCAUCAUGCUACAACGAUGAGUGCAUAUGUUUGCCUGGAACUAGUGGACCAUCGUGUGAAACAAUCAAUGGCUGCAGCGAUCUAAGUUGCAAUAAAGACAAAAAUGCCUCCUGUGAUUUUGACAAGAGGAAUUUCAAAGCAUUUUGUAAAUGCCCAUGGGGAUAUGAAUUCGACUAUGACGAAAAUAAAUGCAAAGAGUGUCGGUGUGAUGAUUGCAAAGAAGGACAACCAUGGUGCACGGGAUCAGUGAAGUGUGAAUUCAUUCAAAGUAAAAAAGCCUGCACAUGUGACAGGCCACGUUACAAAUUCAAUCCUAAGAAGAAAAUGUGUGAAUUGUGUUAUUGUUCUGGCGAUUCUGUUUCCUGUGAUUUUGAUGAGGAUGGAAAUCAGAUAUGUAAAUGCAAAGAUGGUUAUGCUCAAAAUGGAUGGAGUUGUGAUAAGUGUAAAUGCUACUAUGGAUGGGGGUGCAAAUUUGUAAAUAAUAACAAAAUCUGUAUAUGUCUUAAAGGUUAUGUUCAGGAUAAAGGAGAUUGUUACCGGUGUAGUUGCGGAGAAAAUGGUAAAUGCGUCUGGGACUGGAGUCAUACACAGAUACGUUGUGAUUGUAAUCCUGGUUUCAUGGAGUUCGACGGAGUUUGCAAAGAGAUUUCAAAUUGUUAUUGUGGAGAAAACAGUAAUUGCACUCUGAAGGACAACGAAAAGAUUUGUUCAUGCCAAGAAGGAUUUACUUACAUGAAUGGAUUAUGCACAGAUAUCAACGAAUGCGAUAAUCCAAAUGCUUGCCCAAAAAAUAAAAAGUGUAAGAAUCUAAUUGGAAGCUACAACUGCUCAUGCGCAGAUGGUUUCCAACCUUCAGAAGAUAAAGAAGGAGAAUGUGAUGAUAUUGACGAAUGCCAAAAUGCGAACUCUUGCGCUGGUUCUGAAACUGAGUGCUUCAAUACCGUUGGAAGUUUCAGGUGUGUCUGCAAGUCUGGUUUCGCUACUCGUGAUGGGAUGGCUGCAAGUCCAAUCUGCGAAAAUAAAUCUUCAUGGAAAACUGGAUUCGGUCUUUUAAUAGGAAUUUUUCUUGCAAUUAUAAUUGGUCUAGUAAUCAUGAUAUACAGGAAGACUUGAUAAAGAGUAUUGAGGAAAUCACAGUUCAUUACCAGCAAGCAUCAAUGGUUGAAAAGAUAAGAUUACAGAAGAUAAGAUAAUUUACAGAAAUGGAUAUUUUUUGACAAUGGAUAUUUAUUUAUUGAACUAGUAGUUGAAAUGAUCUUUAGAAUACGAACCUUUGUCCUUUUCCGUUAUUCAAUAGUUUAUUAAAACAAUAAGGAAUGUAA